GGCAGCAGCUCGCCCGUGAGUGUGGCUCCCCCCGCGGGCACAGCGACCGGGGGGGGGGGGGGGGGAGGGGCGCGGUGCCGAGCCCGGAGCCUCACCGGCUGUGCACGGCUCCGGGAGACCGCGGGUGUCCCUUGUCCCCGUGCCCGGAGUGAGUCUCCCCAGACCCGGCCCCUGCUCUCCCGGCUGCAGGCAGCAAGACGGGCUGUUUCUGCCCAGAACUACCGAGAAAGCGCUAACGUGGAUCCGCGGAGGUACGGCACAGUCCCGCAGCCCGGGGCAGCUCCCUGUCUGCAGGGCGCAGCCGUGCCAGUGCAAGGCCACCGUCCAGGGGGACACGGGGCCUGGUCCCUACCGUAAGACAAACAGAUUGGCAAGUGCAUCUGAAGAGCAGGCUCUGACACCAGCAGGGCUCCAGGAGAAAGCCUCCCGGCGUUUCAGGCACGGUGUGUCAGUCUGCUGCGGAUGGGAUGGACGCGGAGAGUCUCUUACGAGCACCCCGCUCCGCAGAGCGCCGCUGCCUUCAGCAGGACCAGUGGCGGUUUGAAGGGCAUUUCACAAAACGUAGCGAUCACCUAGAAAAUCCGUAUUUAUGCAUGCACAUGUGUCUGUAUGCCUAAUGCAACAAAGAAACGCUGAUCUUUGCAAGAAAACAAGAAACUGUUCUACAACGGAUCUGUUUUAGUGAAUACGAUGAGUGUGCUGGACAGGGGCGGUAAGGCACAGCCUGUGCCUAAACUGCUGCCUCCUCCACCUCCGGCCAGUGGAAUGCCUUUAACAAUAUUCCCACUUUCCUUUCGGGAAAGCUCCCCGGUCCCUGCUGUUCCCACAAUCGUGCCCAAGUAGUGCUUGGAAAGCGUCAGCUACCACAAGCCAAACCUGCACGUGCACACAGGCAGGCAAGGCGACACACGAACAGUUAGAUCAGCCAGUGCCACAGCCCCAGCACCUGCUCUGGCCACAGUGUAACAUACAGACGCCCGGGGGCUGGGGGCAGUCACCAACAGUAAGAACUUAGUAUUGUUGCUAUGCAAACAUUCAAAUCCUGAUACAGAUUUCAAUAUAGGAUUUUCUGAUAUCAAGUAACCUCAGUACCUUUUCUUCUGCACAGCACCACAUCAUUUGGAAGAAAACAAUGUUCUAGAUGGAUAUUUUCUUCCAAAUAAAGUAGAUCUUCAUCAGGUAAUUGUAUUGCCAAAAGCAGAAUGGGAAAGGAUUCAGGACAGUCUUGGGAGCACAACUAGAGAAGCAGCACGUGUUCUCGCUGAGAAGAAAGAACGGGAAGAAAUGCACUUACGCUCCAAAGCUGCUGUAAAAGACUGGCCCAAAACCACUGUGGACCUGGCACAACAGAAACUUAAAGCCCAAAAGUUACGUGAAGAAAGGGAAAAGGAAGAAAGAAAGUUACUUGAUUUGGAAGAAGAACAGUUCCAAGCAGCAAAACGGAAGGAGGCUAUUGAUCGUGCAAAAAAAUACCUAUACUAUCAGAACGAAAGAGUGAAACAGUUACAUAGUGCACUUCUACUUACUGAGGUCCUAAGAGAAAGAGAUGCUCAAGUUGAAUUUAAAAAGUUAAAGUCAGGUGUUCACAAAAAAAAGGGUCAAGAAAUGGAACAUGAACGUAAAGAAGCUAUUAUCAGAGAACAGGAGGCACAUCAGCGUUAUCUGAAAGAACAGGCAUUACGCAGAGAUCAGCUGGAACAAAUAAAGCAGCACAAGCAUCAGGCAGCUCUGGCCAAGCUAGAAGCUAAAAGAGAAGGGGAACAAAUACAGAGAUUGAACCAACUGUACCAACUGGAAAUUCAGAGAAGAAAAGAAAAGGAACAGGAGGAAAAAGCUGAACGCCAGAGGCAGCAUCACGAGCAUGUAAGUGACCAGAAAAUAAUCAAAGCAAUAGAGGAACAAAAACAAAUGGAAGAAGAUGAUCGGAUCAGAGCUCAUUUUAAAGCAAAGGAAACUAUUGCCAAGCUCAUAAAAGAGAAAGAAGCUGAAAUGCGUAGACUAACACAGGAACGUCACGACAAGAUCAUUAGCCAAUUAUCUGUACAGAUGAAUGAGGCACUGAAGAGGGAAGAUGAUCAUCUUGCUAGAGACAUUGCAAAGAAAGAAGCUGAACAUGAAAAAAAAUGCAAAGAGAAAGAAGCAAAAGAAAAGGCAGCCAUUGAAUCUAUUGCAGAACACAGGGCCACUGUGAUGAAGAUGAAAGUAGAAAAGGAGAGAGAAGAAAAAGCAGAGGGUAAAAAAGAGCUUCAUGCAUUAAUGGAAAAGAACCGCAUCUACCUGGAAAUGGAAGAAGCCAAGAAACAAAAACAACGUGAUGCGAGCAUUGAAGUACAGAAAAUUCAGAUGCAACAAAUGGCUGAAAAGCAGGCAAAAAAACAGCAGGAAAAGCAAGCAGACUUGGACUAUGAUACUCUCAGAGAGGUUAUUGCACUUUGUAAGGAGCAUGAAUUUCAGAGCUAUGCAAAACAACUAAUUGAAUCGGAGUCCAAGGCUACACAUCACAUUUAUCCUCUUCUCAAAGCAUCCAAAGAUGGAAGAGACUUGGACACUGGCCAUUUUCCAGAAGAAGAGAAGGAAUAAAAACUCAUUUUCAAGCACAGAAGGGUGCUGGGACACAGUUACCUUCUGUUAGCUGUACUACUGCCCAGGAAGUUCAAAACACAGAAUAACAUUGAAACUAUCCAGCGAGGAAAGGCAGAAGCAGUUUUCAGGUGGUUAAAAAAAAAUAUCUUUCUGAACCUUACAGGUGGAGUUAAGCUGUAAAUGAUCUACAUCAAAUAUAUACUUAUAAGUCUGGAAGUCCAUUUGAAAAAAUAAACCAGAAACAGAUUGCCAGAGAACUGGUUAUAUUCUCAAAAAUCCCCAGUUUGUAUUUCAUGAAAGUUGUUUCAUUAAACUUGAGACAGGAAUGCAUGAUGUAUAAUUGACCAUCAAUGUAACCCAUUCCAGCCAAAAGAUCACUAUGGCUAUUAUAUGCUUAUUAUCCAUUGUUCUAAAAAUUCACUGUCCCGUUUUUUUCAGCCCGGGAUAUGAAUUCCUAGUGCAAAAGGUUACAUUUUUCACUAGCCUACUUCCAGUUAAGUAUUCCCCAUAACAGAAAAAAACCAGAAACAACUUUACAGAAUCUACAGGGGAAGAAAAACCAACUUAAUACUUGUAGAAAGUUAGAAGUUAUAGUACUGCAGUUUUUAUAGCAUUUUGCAACUACCUCUGUAAUAAAAACAUCAUGCUAUAAAUUAGUUAUAUGAAAAUAUGAACAUGAUUUGAUCACAGCCCUUAAAAGGUCACCUAGGGGGCAAACAGGUCCCAAUAUAGCUGUAAAUAGCUACUACAAAAAGAACAUGGCAACAAGAGACAACAUAGUUGGACCGUUUGUUCAAAAUCACUAACAGUGAUUCAACCUGCGGUAAUGAGAUGCAGAUCUAAUAUUGUUUCUCAAAUUCCCGAGCUGACUUGCUCUCCAACACCCAAGUCACACACACCUCUCACUCCUUAAGCUUAGUUCCUUUGCUGAAAUUUUACUAAAAUGUUCUUGCUUUGUUGAGAGUUAGGGUUUCCUAUGAUGACUGCCUCCACCAGUAACCUGGGGUCUAAGCAGGGUAGCCUCCUGUUCUGGGGUACGCUGGAAACAAAGUCCAAGAAACCCGAGGCUUUGCUUUGUUGCACACAACUUUCUUUUCCAGCCCCCCAGCUACCCACCUCUGUCGGCCUAACUCUAGAAAAUGUUCUAAAAAAACCCCACAACCAGGAGAGUUUUAUACCAAGGAUGUUUGCCAAUAUUUUAGUCUGAAAAAAUGGGGAUUUUGUGUACUUUCGAGUUUCCGAGCCUGGUUUUCAAUAGCAACGUGCUUUGAAGAAAGCGCAGAACUUUCAGCAAACACAAGGCCACCCCAGAGCCCAAGGCCCUCCUGGAAGCCCAGGGCCAAGCUGAACUGGUUUCACCUCCCCUGGAGCGUGAGACAGCUGGAUGUAAGAUGGAUCUACUCCUUCCCAUCACAGCUGUCACCUCCUCGAGGAGUGUCUUCCAGGCAGGGCAAAGGAGGAACUUCUGGGAGGAGGGGGAGGCGCGACCUCCUCCGGCUCCAGGGCCGCCAAGGGCUUUCCUCUGGGACAACAAGUGCCCAGGGGCCACCCUUUCAGGUCAGGUGUCGGAUAAAGGCGUUUCCAGCAGCCCCUGGUGGGCCGUGGCAGCGCAGAGCCAGGCCGAGCCGAGGGGCCAGGCCGGCGCGGCGCAGGCCUGAGGCAAACGGGCGGGAAGAAAAGCUGCCGCGGUGGGAGCGGACAGAGGCAGGGGAAGGGUUAC